AUGUUGACUGUAGGAAUCAAUGGCUUCGGCAGAAUCGGGAGGAUGUGCCUGCGUGCCUGUCUGGAGCAGAACAUCGAAGUGAAACUUAUUAAUGAUCCGUUCAUUCCGACGGAUUACAUGGUGUAUUUGCUGAAAUACGACUCGACGCACGGCACUUAUCCUCAAACGGUUGAAUGUGAAAAAGAUGCCAUUGUGAUAGGAGAUGUACCAAUUGCCACGUCUCAAGAAAAAGAUCCUUCGAAAAUAAAAUGGAAACAGCAUGGGGUUCAUUUCGUAAUUGAAGCCACUGGAGUAUUCACAACAGUGGAAAAAGCUUCGUUGCAUAUAGACGGAGGUGCCAAGAGGGUCGUGAUAACUGCCCCCUCGGUUGAUGCCCCCAUGUACGUGUUCGGAGUGAACCACUGUUGCUAUUCCCCGAAGAAAGGUUCAAUUGUGUCCGCUACUUCCUGCACGACAAAUUGCGCCGGGCCCUUGAUUAAAAUCAUGAAUGAAAAUUUUCAAGUUCUUGAGGGAAUGGUAACAAGCAUCCACGCGACUACCGCAGCCCAAAAGACUGUGGACGGACCAACCGGAAAGCUGUGGAGGGAUGGCAGGGGCUGCCUCCAGAACAUUAUACCCACCUCAACAGGAGCUGCUAAAUGCAUUUCAAAAAUUCUCCCUGAGUUGAAGGAAAAAAUAUCAGCGAUUGCUUUUCGAGUGCCCAUUGCUAAUGUUUCUCUCUGCGACAUUACUCUGAGGGUGAAUAAACCAGUGACAUAUGACGAAGUGAAAAAAGUCAUGAAGACAGCAUCAGAAACUACUAUGAAGGGAAUUUUACAUUACACCGAUGACGACGUUGUUUCUUCUGACUUCAAUCACUCGAAAUAUUCCUGUAUUUUCGAUGCGAAAGCCGGCAUACCCCAGACCAGCACUUUCGUAAAAAUCGUUGCAUGGUACGACAACGAGUUCGGAUUUGCUCACAGGAUCGUCGACUUGUUAAAAUUCAUGCACGAGGUGGACGAAGGGAAAGGUUGUGCCAAGGGUCAAAUGCUUGACUCUGAAAAUGAUGAUUAGAACUCUAAUCACACGGUGGUAUUGCCUUAGGAUGUACUUUAAA